AUGUCCUCCAGCGCUGCAUCCGCGCCUGUCGACGGCGUCGUCAUCGCCAUCGGCCAGACGGGCAAGCCUGCGACACAGCAACAGAAGUACCGCGUCGGCGACGUGUCGGCCCAGUGGGCCGCCUCCCGUGCCGACAGCACCAAGCCGGGCCAGCUACGUGUCUUCCAUCCGUUCCAGGCCUCUGCGCCAACAGUCGCCGCCGUCAGCCUGGGCACACAGAGGGCCGCUCCGAGCACGGCGCCCGAUGCACUGCCUAAGCCGCAGACGUUCCUGCGCAACGAGAUGCUCGAGCGCACACGGCUCGCGGCCGCCAAGGGUGCGCGUGCGCUGCGCGACCUAGGCGCUCCGUCGGCAGGUGCCGAGGAAAAGAAGGACAAGAAGCAGCCGACGAAGCGCACGAUCGCCAUCGAUGGCAUGUACAGCCCACAUGCCGCUGCCGUCGGCGCGAACCUCUCGUUGUUCACGUUCAACCACUUCAAGACUCGUGGCGCGCCAGAAAAAGCAGGCUUCAACGUGCCCGUCGAACUCAAGGGCGGACAGGAGAUCGCCGUUGUGCCACUGCAGGAAGGCAAUUGCAACGACGAAGGCGACGAGCUCAAGGAUGUCAUUGCUGCUGGAGGCGACGGGGGCGUGCCACAGCUGAGCUGGCAGACGGGUGAGGUGUAUGCCCAGGCGCAGAACUGGGCCAGAGAGCUGAAGGAGACGCCUGCGAACAUGAUGACCCCAACCAUCUUUGCAAAACGCGUUGUUGAUGCUUUCAAAGGGCUUGCUAACACCUCCGUCACGGUCCACGACGAAGACUGGGCGCGCGCGAAGGGCAUGAACGUCUUCCUGUCCGUCACUGCCGGCACGGAGCAGCCUGCCAAGUUUGUCGAGAUCACGUACGACGGCGCCUCGUCACCCGAUGCACCCAAGCUGGCACUCGUUGGCAAGGGCGUCUGCUUCGACUCGGGUGGAAUCAGCCUCAAGCCCGGUGCCGGCAUGAAGCUCAUGCGUGCGGACAUGGGCGGCGCGGCGUCCGUCGUUGCGGUCAUGCGUGCCAUCGCUGAGCUCAAGCUGCCGAUCAACGUCGUCGCUGCUACACCGCUCGUGGAGAAUCUGCCUUCCGGAUCGGCGACCAAGCCUGGAGACAUUAUUGAAGCUAUGAACGGGUUGACGGUCGAAGUUGACAACACUGACGCGGAGGGUCGCCUCAUCCUCAGCGACGCCCUUACCUACAUCUCUCGCGAAUACAAGCCGCACACACUACUGGACGUCGCAACGCUGACCGGUGCGAUCCUGCACGCUCUCGGGCACCACUACAGCGGUGUCUUUGUCGAGGACGAAUCGCUUUGGCAAGAGCUCAAGGCUGCCGGUGAAGCGGAGAAGGACCUGUUCUGGCGCAUGCCUCUGGAUGAUGAAUACCUUCGCUACAUCGACAGCAGCAACGCCGACCUGUGCAACAGAGGCACCCCCGCCGGGAGCGCCUGCGCUGCCAUCUUCCUCAAACAGUUCGUCGACGGCCUUGAAGAUAGGAGCAAGCUCUCCGCCAACGCUGACGAAGGCAAGCCGACCGUUCGCUACGGCCACAUCGAUAUUGCUGGAACGAUGGAGACGAAACAGCCCACCGACUAUCAGAGCUCAAGUAUGCUCACCGGUCGGCCCACGCGCGCUCUCAUCGAGUUUGCGAGGCGCUUUGCUGUCCUGCACACGGGAAAGCAGGCAUGA